GGAGGCCGUUGAUGUGAGGCGCGCCGCGCCUGCAUGGAGAGGGCGCCUGGGAAAGACCGGGCGGAGGGACUGGCGAACCUGGGCUGAGGCUGGGGACGAUGGGGCGGGUCUUGGGCGAGUGGAUUUAUUUUUGUGCGUGGGUUUGCGUGGGUUUGUACUUUUGGUGGUUUAUUUUUGCGUGGUUUUGUUCUCUUACGUGGCUUUGUUCUUUUGCGUGGCUUUAUUUUUUGCGUGGCUUUAUUUUUUUGCGUGGCUUUAUUUUUUGCGUGGCUUUAUUUUUUUGCGUGGCUUUAUUUUUUGCGUGGCUUUAUUUUUUUGCGUGGCUUUAUUUUUUUGCGUGGCUUUAUUUUUUUGCGUGGCUUUAUUUUUUUGCGUGGCUUUAUUUUUUUGCGUGGUUUUGUUCUUCUGGUGGUUUUGUUCUUUUACGUGGCUUUGUUCUUUUAUGUGACUUUAUUCUUUGCGUGGCAUUGUUCUUUUAUGCGACUUUAUUUUCUACGUGGCUUCGUUCCUUUAUGUGGCUUCAUUUUCUGGCGUCCUUGCUGGCUUGGCUUAUUUGGAUAUGUCGCUGUGUUUUCAUGGCUGCGUUCAUGUUUUUUUGCUGUGUUUAUUCCCAAGCAUGGUGGUGGUUGGUGCUGACGGCCGUUCGUUAUUAUCUGGGUGAUUAGUGCCGUGCGCCUCGAUGGUGUCAAGGUAAUCUCUGGCCCCAGCUUGGUUCAUUAGUCCCACUGAUUGCAUGGAGUGCGGAAAGCCCGCCC